GUUUUAUGUGAAUAGCAGAGGAAAAUUGUUACCAAUUGCCAUCCAGCUAGAACAGACACCCUCAGAUGAUAACCCUGUUUUCUUGCCGUCUGACCCCGAAUACACUUGGUUGUUGGCCAAGAUGUGGUUCAACAAUGCAGAUUGUAACUACCACCAGUCUAUAGCUCACCUAGGAAUGACGCAUAUUCUUAUGGAGUAUGUUUGCAUAGUGACUAAUCGUCAGCUGUCUCCAAGUCAUCCACUGUACCGUCUACUAUGUAACCAUUUCCUCUACGUCAUUGGAAUAAAUACAUCUGCCUUGACGAGACUGCUUGCACCAGGAGCUUGGAUAGACAAAAACAUGACAUUAGGCCCCGUUGGUUUCAUCACACUACUCAGCCGUGCCUGGCCUAAAUGGAGACUUAAUAUUGAGGGGACUUUACCUAAUGAUUUACAAGAUAGAGGAGUAGAUGACGAGAAUGCCUUGCCCAACUACCAUUACAGGGAUGAUGCUAUGUUAUUGUAUAAAGCCAUUGA